AUGUCCGCCUUCCUCCGCAGAUUAUCAGGUGGUAACCUGGAAGUCUUCAAGUUCGGCACAUACAUCAUCUUCCCCAUCGGCUGGAUGUACUACUUCGGCACGAACCUCGACGAGCGCUUCAACGUCCCCGGCUUCUGGCCCACCACCGAACAAUCGCACAAGAUCCCGCUCGACAAGGAGGAGAUCGAUCGUGAGAUCGCGCGCAUGCGGACCGUGGACGCCGUGCGCCGCGAACGGCGGUUGCAGCAGGAGGCGCUGGAGAUGCGGGCUCAGAUGCAGGCGCAGGCGCAGGCUGUUCCGGCUGCGGAGUAG